GGUGCCUGCCGUAUGAAAUUGGGUACUUAAACCAGGCCACGGUGUUCGAUGUGAGCUCCAACUACUUAACUGGCCCAAUACCACACUCAUUCAGCUGCUUGGCCAAGAUUGAUUAUCUAAACUUGGCCAACAACAGUUUCUAUGGACCAGUGCCAGAGCAGGUCUGCACCUUGUCUAAUCUGAGGAACUUGACCUUGGCCUACAACUAUUUCACAGAGGUCGGCCCAGAGUGCAGGAAAUUGAUCAAGAAGAAGUUUCUUGAUGUUAAGCAUAAUUGCAUUUUGGGCGAACCAAGCCAGAAAACAAAGGCUCAAUGUGCUGCCUUCUUCUCCAAGCCUAGAAAGUGCCCCAACGAGAAGGAAAUGACCUACGUGCCUUGUAAAAGACACUGGGGUUCAAAUGAGAAGAAGCCUGAGCAUCAGAAACAAGCUUCUGCCCCAUUGUCUUAUGGCAGUCUUGUGCCACACAGGCUUUGA